GCCAAGCCACCGACUCCCGGAAAAAGUCUUCACCAUUCCCGGAGGGAUUUGGACCUUUUCGCCAUAUCAGUCUGGAAGAUAGGACCGUCUUAACCACUGAGAUAAAAGUGGGGAAGAGGAAGAUGAAGUUCAAUUGGAAGCCACCGUUUCCUUUCAAACGCAACCAUGUGCUGAUUUUGAAGCUUGUUCUUCCUAUUCUCUUACUGGGUAUUGCUUUUCGUUUCCUCUUUGCCGGUUCCGGUGAUGUUCCAGCAAUUUUAGAAGCCCCUUUGACAGAGAGGAUGGCGGCGCCGACGAUUUUGGAAACCCCUUCAAUUGAGAAGAAAGAGGUUCCUGCGAUUUCGGAAACUCCUUUGUCUAAGAAGUCUGAGGAUUUCGAGGAACCUGAAACUCCGGAGGAUGAAAAUCAGAAACCACUUGAAGGGAAGUGUGAUUAUUUUGUUGGAGAGUGGAUCCCAAAUCCAUCAGGUCCUGUGUACAAUAACGAGAGUUGCCCCCAUAUUGAAGCCCAUCAAAAUUGUAUGAAGAAUGGGCGGCCAGAUACCGAAUACUUAUACUGGAGAUGGAAGCCACGAGAUUGCGAACUAUCAAAGUUUGAUCCUCAAAGAUUUCUUGAAAUGAUGAGGGACAAAACCUGGGCGUUAAUUGGAGAUUCAAUAUCUCGAAACCAUGUUCAAUCAUUGCUGUGCAUGCUAUCGACGGUGGAAGUAGCAGUUCAUAUCUACCAUGAUGAAGGAUACAAGAAUAGAAAAUGGAGGUUUCCAUCAUACAACUUCACUAUAUCAGUGGUUUGGUCACCUUUCCUUGCAGAAGCUGCUAUAUUUGAAGAUUAUAACGGUGUGUCUACAUCUGAAGUUCAGCUGCAUCUUGACAAACUCGAUAAGAAAUGGACAAGUGAGUUCCAUCAAAUGGACUACGUGAUUAUUUCUAGUGGAAAAUGGUUUGUGAAAUCUGCACUAUACUAUGAGCAUAACAAAGUGCUGGGCUGCCAUUCUUGCCCAAAAAAGAACUAUACGGAGCUAGGUAUUGAAUUUGCCUAUCGCAGAUCUCUCCGGUCUGCAUUAAACUUUAUUUUAGCAUCCAAACAUAAAGGUAUGAUAUUUAUGAGAACAUCAACCCCUGACCACUUCGAAAAUGGUACGUGGUCUGACGGAGGAACAUGUGAUCAAAGAGCACCGAUAAAAGAAGGUGAGAUUGAACUGAAAGAACUGACCAAGAUUCUGCGCGUUGUUGAGUUAGAGGAGUUUAAGAAGGCAGAAGUAAAAGCAUCUCAAAACGGGAUAAAUCUUAAGCUUCUUGACCUGACCCAGCUUUCAUUGUUGAGGCCUGAUGGUCAUCCAGGUCCAUACAGAGAGUUCCAACCAUUUGCAAAUGACAAAAAUGCAAAAGUGCAGAAAGAUUGCUUGCAUUGGUGCCUACCCGGGCCAAUUGACUUGUGGAACGACGUAAUUAUGGAGAUGGUGUUAAACGGAUAGGAAACUUCACCACCGACAUCAAGCGAUGAGAUUUUGCUACAAGAAGGUACACUCUGGAUUUCUCUUAUUGUAGGUAAAUACCAUUGAGACCAUCUUCUGUAACAAUGCUUUAGGAAAUUCUUCUCAAUUAGUAUUAAAAACACAGCGAUUUCAUUGAGUUGAUUAGUUACAUAUCUUCCUAUGCAUCGAAUAGAGCAUAUUUCUUGUCCUAGUUGAGCAUUAAAAGGGAAUGAUAUGCAUUGUUGUUACUUCUUAUUCUUAUGAUUGAAUCAGAUAAGCAAAUCUCUGUAA